CGUGCACGAGAAUGUUCCUCCGCUUCUCAGUCGGUGAGGAGGGCAGCGGGCGCGCGGGCACACAGACAGACCGACUGCCGAGCAGCUCGAGACUCCGGUAACAUGGAGCGGAGAGGAGCCGCUUCCUGCGUCUGACGCCGCGGCCGUGCAGUGACCGGAGGACCGCCGCCGCCACCGGAGCCGCUCCGGUUCUCCGCUCUGAUGAUGGCGACGUCCCAGCACUGAGGACACCUUCCGCCUCCAGCUGCCGUCCCGCCUCUUUGUUUCCAACAUCAUGGACUCCUCCGGGGAUCUGACCUGGACCCAGGACGGACACCUGGAGCCCCGGAGCAGCCCGGGUCGCUCGGACCUCAGCGGACUCUACCACCUGGGUCGGACGCUGGGCAGGGGCCACUUCGCCGUGGUUAAACUGGCCCGACACGUCAACACGGGGCAACUGGUGGCCGUCAAGAUGAUCGACAAGACCAAGCUGGACGUGAUGGCCACGAGUCACCUCCUACAGGAAGUGAGGUGCAUGCGGCUGGUGCAGCAUCCCAACGUGGUGCGGCUCUACGAGGUCAUCGACACGCCGACCACCCUCUACCUGGUGAUGGAGCUGGCCGAGGGCGGCGACCUCUACGACUACAUCCUGCGCCACGAGGGCGGCGUCGCCGAGGGCACCGCCAAGCGCCACUUCGCCCAGAUCGUUCGCGCCGUCUCGUACUGCCACCGGCUCCACGUGGUGCACCGCGACCUGAAGCCCGAGAACGUGGUGUUCUUCCCCCAGCAGGGCGCCGUGAAGCUCACGGACUUCGGCUUCAGCAACUUGUUCCAGCCGGGGACGAUGCUCGCCACCAGCUGUGGGUCGCUGGCGUAUUCGGCUCCAGAGAUUCUGCUGGGAGAAGAGUAUGAUGCUCCAGCUGUGGAUAUCUGGUCUCUGGGGGUGAUUCUCUACAUGCUGGUGUGUGGAGUUCCUCCCUUCCAGGAAACCAACGACAGCGAGACUCUGGUCAUGAUCCUGGACUGUCGCUACUCCGUCCCCGAACACGUUUCAGACGACUGCAGGGAUUUGAUCUCCAGGAUGCUGCAGAAGGAUCCGUCCCGUCGGGCCUCUCUGGACGAGAUCGAGGCCCAUCUCUGGCUGCAGGGGCUGGACGACGCCCUGCUCAGCCCCGAGGCUCCUCCACACUGGCUGUCGGGGGCGCUGUCGCCCAGCUCUCCCCGCUUAGGGCUGCCUGAGUGCGGGGACCUGCUCGUCGCCAGGCCCCCUACCCAGCUGACGUUCCCCGGACCCUGGCAGCCCAGCCUCAGCUUCAGCCUCCAUCCGGCUCCGGCUGACGAGCCUCCGAUCGCCAAGAACCUGCCGGCUCUGCAGCAGAUCUGUGAGGAGGAAGAGGAGGAGGAAGAGGAGGAGGAAGAGGAGGAGGAGGAAGCUAAAGAGGAGGCAUUAAUGGAGGAGGAUAAAGCUGAGAUGGAGGUGGAUGAUGAAGAAGAGGUGAUUUCAGAUCAGCCGGUGAGUCACGGCGACCAGCCGCUCAGUCAGACUCCUGAGGUUCCUCCGCCGUCGCCUCCUGGUCUGGGGGUCCGGUGCUGUCAGGGGCAGCCGGACCUCCAGCAGGACGACGGACGAGACGAGGAGACGGAGCCCAACAACAACACCAACAAACCGGCUCCUCUCCUCCCCUCGUCCGACUCCCAGCACUCCUCCGUCUCCUCCGGCGGCUCGGAAAAAACGCCCAAAGAGUUGGAGCAGGACGAGCGGCCGGGAGUCCAGAACGACGUCCAGACGGACCGACCCCAGAACCAGGACAGCGCUCCGAGGGCGGAGAAGCGACACAGCAUCAAGCUCCGAGAGAGACUCUUCCAGUUCCCGCUGUGCGAGAAAGCUCUGGCCUUCAACAUCCCGGCGCACAACAAGCCCAAGAUCCUGCCGCUGGCUCAGUACAACUGCUGCCACGUUCUGUAGGAGGAACCCACCGGAGGCCUUUCAGCCGCAGAGAGAAACCUCUCCAUGCUGCUGUGUACAGGAGCUCAACCACACAUCUGUAGCUUGAACUCUAAACUGGACCUGCAGAGGAAGUGGAGGAAGAUGGAGCAGAUUUUAUUGAAUAAGCUAAAUUUUGUUUGAAGGUGCCUCUUAUGAUCAAUGAUUACUGCAGCACUGAGUAGAUCCUUCCAGGUUUUAUUAUAUAUAGAAAUAAGAAUACACUUUAAACUAAAGCCACAGCUAAUGAUUAUUUUCAUCCAGUUAGAGACGUCCCCAGAUAUUAAACGAGUCAUUUAAUGUUUAAUAUCUGCAGAUUCCUGCAUAUUUAAACACUUUACAGUACAUUAAAGUUAUUGAAAUUAAUUCAGUGUUCAUGCAUGGCAACUGAACGCCCUCUGAUUUACUCAGCACUUUAUUUUUUUAUCAGAAAGUAUUAAUAUUUGAAGUGGUAUCUGUGAAAUUUUAGCUUCAUAUAUCCAGUGCUUUUAAAAAAACUGCCCAUCAACUCACGUGUUUUUUUUAGAAAUUGAAAAUUGAGGCUGUUUGAAUGACAAUGUUUCAGGAACUAUUUAUAAAAAAGCCAGAAUGUUUCUGUUAUUUCUCCAAUAAGUAAAUGAAUUCAGUAAGUUUAAUAUAUAAUAGUAAUUCACUGUUUCUCCAGCCCAGAAAAUGAGGCCAAAAUCUGAAAAAAAAUAUGGCCAUUAUGAAAAAAAAAAAACAAAAAACUUAGUUAUGUAAGGAGAACCAUUGUAAUAGACUAUUUACCAGUGCUUUUGUUUUUGUGGUCAAUCAGUUAUGAAGAAUAUAACUUUUUUUUUUCAUUUUUGUGACCGGGUUUUCCAUAUUAAGAGGAAAAAUGAUCCUUUAGAUACUCAAGACAGUUGGAAAAACAGCAAAACCGCUACAAAGAAAUGCAAAAAGACCACAAAUGUGUGCAAAAUGACAGAAAAGAGACAUAAAACAGCUACAAAUCUUUGCAAAAUCAUUAAAGAGAGAUUUAAAACAACUACAAAUAGGUGCAAAAUGACAGAAAAUAGACAUAAAACAACUACAAAUAGGUGCAAAAUGACAGAAAAUAGACAUAAAACAACGUCCAAUAGAGACACAAAUAGGAAAAAUUACCCCAAAGAUAUAUAAAAUAGUUGCAGAAUUGCCAUAUAGCUACAAACAAAUGCAAAAGAACUGGCAAAAGCCUCACAAUGACCACAAUGCAGUGCGAAGACGUGGACAAAACGUUGACAAAGAGAUGCUAAACAGUUGCUUAUAGACCAAAAAUGACCACAAAGAGAUAAUAGACAUAAAAUAACUUAUUUUUAAAUUUAAAACAACCACAGAUGCACAAAACUGCUCCAAAAAGAGACUAAAUGAUGACAAAGACUUGCAGAAAUGACCACUAAGAAGCUCACAACAACCACAGGGAGGAAAAAUUAUCUUUUAAUAGUUCCUGAGAUAUUGUUGCUCGAACAGCCUCAAAUUUCAAUGUACAAAAAAAACCAUCUGAAAGUGGGUCAACGGGCAGUUUUUUAAAAGAAUUGUACAUUUCUACCUAAAAAUCCAAAGAUAACUAUUAAUAUCCAUCCAGUUUUAUGCUGUAAAGUUUGUGAGGGCAGCUGUAAAGAACGUAAACACGUUAAAAAAUUGAACAAUUCCUUCAGUAUGCACAGUUUCCUGCUCAGUUCUAACAGUUAAAAAGUGCUUUUGCCGCAUCGGGACGUCCCUACUGCUGAUUAUUCUCUCAAAUAUCAACAAAAAACUGAGAAAUUCCGAUUAAAUAUCUCAAAUAAUCAAUUUACCACCAUUAAUGGCAGAAAAUUGUUGCUUUUAGACACUUUCCAUCAAAUGUUUGGCAUUUUUAGCUUGAAAUUUUAGCCUUUUAUAUGAAUUCAGUAAGUAUAAUACGUAAUUUAACAGUUCACUCUGUUUCUCCAGCCUACAAAUUAUGGACAGAAUAUGAAAAAAUAUGGCCAUAAUGGAAAAAAAUGUAAAUAAAUUUUAGUUUUACAUGGAGAAUCAUUGGAUUAGACUCCUGAAAGUGAGUCAAGGGGCAGUUUUUUAAAGAAACUGUAUGUGAUAUGUCAAGCUAAAAAUUCAAAAUAACUAUUAACAUCCAUAUUUUAUGCUGUAAAGCUUGUGAAAGCAGCUCUACGUCAAAAAAUUCAACAAUUCCUUCAGUAUUUACAGUUUCCAACUGUACUUUUAUCAAAUCAGGACGUCCCUGCUGCUAUUUAUUAUCUCAAAUAUCAUUAAAAAAAUGAGAAAUUAUGAUUAAAUGUCCCAUUUAGUGCGACUAAAACCCCAAAAUAUUCCAUUUACCACCAUUAAAGGCAGAAAAUUGUCACUUUUAGACACUUUCUCUCGAAUAUUUGGCAUUUUUAGCUUGACAUUUUAGCCUUUUAUAUCAAAUAUGUUUGCAAAAUUGUGCUUGAUAUAUCAAGCUAAAAAUUCAAAGAUAACUAUUAAUAUCCAUAUUGUAUGCUGUAAAGUUUGUGAGGGCAUCUGUACUGAACGUAUUUAAGUAGCUCAGAAAGUUGCAAAUCCAACGAUUCCUUCAAUGUUUACAGCUUCUGGCUCAGUUCAAUCAGUUGAAAAGUGCUUUUAUCUGAUUGGAACGUCCCUACUGCUAAUAAUUCUCUCAAAUAUCAUUCAAAAAACUGAGAAAUUACAAUUAAAUGUCUAGUUUAGUGUGACUAAAACCCCCAAAAUAUUCAGUUUACCACCAUUAAAGGCAGAAAAUUGUCACUUUUAGACACUUUCCAUCAAACAUUUGGCAUUUUUGGCUUGAAAAAUAAUCAAAUAGUUGCUUUUUAUUCAUUUUUCUGGCUCUAUUUUGAGACUUUUCUUUGCACAAGCUGCUUCUCACAUCAGUUUGAAAGCUCCUAUAAGCUCCUAUAAAGAAAGACUGUUAUAUGAUCUGAUAUAUGCUCUGAUAUGAAGCUGUAUGAUCUAAUUUAUCCUCGCUAACAGAAGCGGCUUGUCCUAACAUACUGUGUGAAACCGACUGGGAUGCAGGUCUUCCGUUGUUCUUUUUAAUCAUGAUUCUUUUUUGUGGGGGUUGGAUGUGCAGAUAAAAAGCUCCUGAUUGAUUUUUUUUUUAAUGAUUGUUAUUUUUAAAACGUGACAAAGAUAUUAAUUCUCUGCAGAGAUGUGUGACUUUGUGCAUGUUGUUAUUUAUCAUCAAUAUACCUCCAUGUGUCUUGGACCUGACGGGACGUUAGUUCUUGUGUAAGUAGCCACUGAAUGAAACUACUGCAGCUGGAGGCUUCAAACCAGCACUUUUCUGGGGACUGAAGGGGAGAUUUAGAUCCGAACACAAUGACUUGUUAUCGGUGUUACUUUAUCACAUAUCGGCUCCGUGUUGUUCUAGAUUUUUCCUCUUUUUUUUGGAAGCUCAGACAUCAGGUUUUUGUAGAGCGACAAAAGGCCAAAGCUGUACAAUAAGCUCCGUCCUCGCCGCUGCUUCCAUAAAUCGGCUUUUUUUGUUGUUUUUUUGUUUUUUUUUUAACUCGUGACCUGUGAUCGUUUCGCUUCCGGUCUGCGUGAGGAGCGACCGUCACGUGAAAUCUGAUUAUCGCUCGCAUCUCAUCAGCCGUGGAAGCGUAAAAUCUUUGCAAAAGGGGAUAAAAUGGCUUGUUUUGACUGCAGCCCGUCUGUCCGCUGACCUGCAUUGUAACUAGGAUCACGUCUGUUUGGAGCCAUGAACUUAUUUUUCUGUAUUUAUUUAUUAAAAAUGGAUUAAAUUGA